AUGUCCAGCAGCGACCUCUCUGCCAGUCUCCGUAGCCGUGGCUAUCCGCCAGUCCAACCCAACUGGGUAACACCAACAGGGGCAAAUUAUACAAAAGCCUUGCAUCAUGACACGUACGCCUAUGUCGACCCGUCGAAAUCGGACUGCGCCGGCAAGGCGGUGUUGAUCACAGGCGGAAAUAAAGGCAUAGGCAAAGGAAUAGCAACUUCUUAUGCAAAGGCGGGGGCAUCGCAUAUAGCCAUCACAAGCCGAUCCGACUGCUCGUCGGUGGCGGUGGAUAUCAAAAAUGUUGCAUUGACGGCAGGACUCGCGGAACCCAGGGUGCUCGCCCUCCAGGUCGAUGUCGUCAACAGGGCGAGCGUGAGAACUGCGGCCGAGGCUGUUGAACGUGAAUUUGGACGCCUCGAUAUCCUCAUCAGCAACGCCGGCUUUCUUGCGCACUACGAAAGGCUCCUCGAUAGCGACGAUGAUGAGUGGUGGCAGAGUUACGAGACAAACGUCCGCGGCAUGUAUUUCGUCGCCAAGGCUUUCCUACCCCUGAUGCUCAAAGGGGGCGACAAGACCAUUGUCAGCAUCGCGUCCUCCGGUUCAAUGCACUACCACAUCGGCGGCAGCAGUUACCAGGUUUCCAAGUUCGCGCUUCUAAGGCUUACAGAAUUUCUCAUGGCAGACCAUGGUGACCAAGGUUUGCUCACGUACUCAAUCCACCCUGGCGGUGUUGCUACAGAUUUGUCCAGCAGCCUGCCAGAGCAGACGCAGGCUUGGCUUCGAUGCACUACUGCUCUAGGUGGCGACACCAUAGCAUUCCUCACAAGUCGGAGACAGGAGUGGCUCGCUGGGCGAUAUCUCAGCGCAAUGUGGGACAUGGAGGAGGUAUUCGACAAGAAGGAGGAGAUAAUAGACGGAGACUUGUUGAAGAUGAAAAUGGCAUUCUAA